AGAACGAUGUCCCGUCCGUAUUUCGUAAGAACUCUAUAAUCGAGGAAUCUAUUUUGCAUUCCUUCUAAUUAAGUAGUUACCAUUACAUUUUUAAUUUAAGAAUACUAAAUAUCUUGCGCUUCUUUGUUAACAUUGGCAGUUUGUUAAAUCAACUGAUUCUCUCUCAUUUAAACAAUUCCUUAAGAAUUCCUUGGAUUAGGAAAUAGAAUAUACUGUAUCAUUCUACAAAAGUCAAAAUAGUUUAAAUAUGCAAGCCAAGAAAACCGUUUUGGAUCCUUUUGAUCUUAUUGCUCAAACACUGUGGUUGGGUGUUGUCGCUGCUUUAUGGGGUGGCACAAAUCCCCUUAUGAAGAAAGCCGGUGCUGGUAUAGAAAAAAUUCAGGAAUCCAACUGUAUUUCACAGUUUUUCAAUAUUUCCUUAGUUGUUCCAAUUACAAAUUCAUUGACGUUCAUCUUCACCUUACUCUCAGGUUACUUGUUAAAGGAAAAUAUAGGCUCGAAAAACACUUAUAUUGGCGUCGGAUUUGUUGCAACUGGGGUUUCGUUGUGUGUUCUAGCAAAAUUGUAG